AUGACACGAUCAAAUCCAAUAAAGAAACAAUUCUCAACUGUUACAAAUGCAUCAUCUGAUGAAAAAAGAAUUAUGAAUUAUCAAGCCGCAUAUACACUACAAGAAAAUAAUAUUUGUCUUCAAAAUGUUGAACGUACAAUGAUCAAAGACGUGAUCGAUAUUUUAUCAAAGUGUUCGAAAAACAUCAAAGAUCGUCAAACAGAAUGGCACAAAGUUCAUACAAAUAAGAAAAACAAAUUAACAGAAUACGAACAUUUGUGGCAUGUUUUCGAUGCUGCUGUUUCUUCGAUUGAUCUUUACGUCAAAGAAAAUAAUAAUAUUGUUGCUAAGUUAAAAUCUAUUCAAAGUUCAAUGCUCAAUGAAAAUAAACAUGAAUUAUUAAAAGAUAAAAUUCCACAAAUGCGAUCUACUGCUGAUAAACUAUACAACGAAAUAACUGAUCUGGAAAAGCAAAAACUGAAGCUCCGCAUUCAAGUAAAACAACAAGGAACGAGUUCAUGGCGUAACACAUUACAAAAAAAAGUUUUUCGGAAACGUCAAAGUAAGUCCAAUGAAAAAUUAAGAAUCGUAUCAAGAUCGAUCAAAGAUAAAAAGAAAUUAUAUGACAAUGAAACAAAAAGAUUUCAUCAAGCAGCAGCUAAGGUGAUCGAAGAAAAUAUAAAAGCUGAAAGCAGACGAAGUGUAUCAAUGAAACAACAAUUGACUGAUUUUGUUCAGUCAUUUAAUAUAUCUUCCAAGAAAUUUACGAAAGAAUUAGCACGUUGUCAUCCGAAACAAGAUCUCAAUCAAUGGAAAGAAAAUAUUCUUUAUCAAAAUGUUGAACAAUCAUCUGAAUCCUCAGAUGAAGAAGAGGACGAUUAUGAAGAAAAAAACCAUUCGACGUCGGAAAUCUAUCCAAUCUCGAUUAAGUGA